AUGGAGUUAAAAGGAGUACAGCCGACGAAUGGCACUGCAAAUGGAACCCCCAACGGAUCACCGGAAAAAACAGAUGCCGAGAAACAGACUGCGGAGCGUACAAAUUGGGGCAAUGGCCUGGAGUUUCUCAUGUCCUGCAUAUCGGUAUCCGUGGGAUUGGGCAAUGUCUGGAGGUUUCCAUUCACGGCCUAUGAGAAUGGAGGAGGUGCCUUUCUGAUACCCUACAUCAUAGUGCUGUUUUUGAUUGGUAAGCCCAUGUACUAUUUGGAGAUGAUCAUGGGGCAGUUUACGAGCCAGGGAACGGUGAAAAUCUGGUCGGUAGUGCCGAGUUUUGUGGGUGUGGGCUAUGGCCAGGCGUUUGGCACCAUCUGCAUUAUCUCGUACUACUCCUCGUUGCUGGCCCUAACCCUCUACUACCUCUUCGUGUCCUUCCAAUCGGAAUUACCGUGGUCCUAUUGUCGAGAUGAGUGGACCAACUGCGUGAACUCGAGACCUCAGGAGUAUGUGGAAAACCUGCUAACCGGCGUGUCCCUGGCCAAUGAAUCAGCCAGAAAUUUAAGCACUUUUGCGACCAAUACAACGCAGCUUCAAAGCAGCUCCGAGCUCUACUUCCUGAAUGUAGUGAUCAAGGAGAAGCUGGACAUAACGGACGGCGUUGGUGACCCCAGUUGGCAGUUGACCCUGGCCCUGUUUGUCUCCUGGGUGGUUAUCUUUCUGGUGAUCAUGCGUGGGGUCAAGAGUUCCGGCAAGGCGGCCUAUUUCCUGGCCCUUUUCCCGUACGUAGUGUUGUUCGUCCUUCUUAUCAGGGCGGUGACUUUGGAAGGUGCCCGCGAAGGCAUAAUCUUCUUUCUGGAGCCCCAGUGGGGGGAACUCUUGAACCCCACCGUUUGGAAGGAAGCGGUGGUGCAGUGCUUCUUCUCCCUGGCCGUUGGCUCUGGACCCAUCAUCAUGUUCGCCUCGUACAAUCGAUUCGAUCAUGGGAUCUACAGGGAUGCCAUGAUUGUAACCACACUCGACACGUUAACCAGUCUUCUGGGUGGAAUUACGAUAUUUGCGAUAUUGGGGAAUUUGGCGCAUAAUCUACAGAUUGAUAAUAUCCGUGAUGUGGUGCGAAGUGGCACGGGUUUGGCCUUCAUCUCGUAUCCGGAUGCCAUAUCAAAGUUCCAGGCGGUUCCGCAGCUCUUCUCAGUUCUCUUCUUCUUCAUGCUCUUCGUUCUGGGAAUCGGAUCCAUUGUGGCCCUGCAAAGCACCAUUGUGACCAUUAUUUGCGACCAGUUCAAGGGAUGGAAAUACUGGAAGGUGGCGCUGACCACCUCCGUGUGCGGUUUCCUAAUGGGCUUGGUCUACGUAACGCCGGGUGGUCAGUGGAUCCUCACUUUGGUGGACUUUUAUGGCGGUACCUAUGUGGUCUUUAUUCUGGCCAUUUUCGAACUGGCUGGAAUCGUGUGGGUUUAUGGUCUGCAAAACUUCUGCGAUGACAUCGAGUUCAUGUGCAAUCGUCGGGUUUCACUUUACUGGCGGAUGUGCUGGUCCUUCUUCACGCCGGUCAUGAUGAUAAUUAUAUUUAUAUACUCAAUGGCCACCAUCGAACCAAUUAAAUACAGCGAAAUUUAUUUCCCUGAAGCCGCCAAUGUUGCUGGCUGGCUGCUGUUUGCCAUCGGAGCUGCCCAAUUUCCACUAUGGGGUAUUUGGUACAUCUCGCGUCAUUCAGAAGGCACCAUUUGGAAGUCCUUUAAGGCCUCCCUGAAGCCCAGUGACCGAUGGGGUCCUGCGAAUCCAGAUACAAGACGUGAGUGGGUAAUCUUCAAGAACCAGAAGGCUGCCCAAAGAGCCGCCCAGAAGGAGUCGUCUAAACUCGGAUUCUUCUGGCGGAAAGUGACCAAUUUCUGCGGCAGCAACAAGUAAAAGCCGAUCUAUAGAACGGGGAGCAGAGGUGGGGAUAUCGUGGGGAUAUCAGAGAUUACGAUUAACCAUAACCACUUGUUAUUUAUACAUACAUAUACGCCAUUGUCAGCCUCUAUGAAGCCAUCACAAAUGCGAAGCAAUCCUUCGACCGAAUAUAUCGCAUCUAUCAAUUAAUAAAUACCUUUUUUUUGUUAUUCUAUGUAUGUACAAACUUAAUUUCUAAAUGUGAUAAUAUUGAGCAGAAAAAAAUAAAUUAUUGUUAUCAAAGAAA